GGUCAGCUAAUAGAAGCUACAGCAAAACUCUUUGUGUGGAAUAUUUUCUUGAAGAAAUGAGGCCUAUUUCUGGUGAAGACUCCCUUGGUGGCCCGUUCCCCUCCACGUCGCACAGAUGCCAUCACAAACCCAAGAGGUGCCUGCCUAUCCAGUGUGGCAGUGUCAGUGGGCCCCUUCAUAUCAGCCCACUCCUCUUCCAUCCAAAUGCCAAGGGUUCCCAAAUUGUCAUGGACCUGGCCCAGAAGACAGUCAAGAGGCAGGCCAGUUUCUGCAACGCAAUCACCUUCAGCAACAGGCCCAUAGCGCUGUAUGAGCAAGUCCGCCUCAAGAUUACUAAAAAGCAGUGCUGCUGGAGCGGGGCUCUGCGUCUGGGCUUCACCUCCAAAGACCCGUCCAGGAUAAACCCAGACAACCUGCCCAAGUACGCCUGCCCUGACCUUGUGUCCCAGAGUGGCUUCUGGGCCAAGGCCCUGCCUGAGGAAUUUGCCAAUGAAGGCAACGUUAUCGCCUUUUGGGUUGACAAGAAGGGCAGAGUCUUCUACCGCAUAAAUGAGUCCAGCCCCAUGCUGUUCUUCAGCGGAGUCCGCACAGCUGAGCCCCUCUGGGCCCUGAUUGAUGUUUAUGGUCUGACGCGCGGAGUGCAGCUGCUAGGCAGUGAGAUUGUUCCUCCCGACUGCCUGCGCCCACGCUCCUUCACCACGGUGCGCUCCUCCUCCCUGCGGCGCGAAGCAGACGACUCCCGCCUGUCCGUCAGCCUGUGCGACCUCAACCUGCAGCAGGAGGAUGGAGGCAACGCUCACAAUCACUCCCACCGCCACACCCUCCACCUGGCCACAGCCUCCUCCUCCUCCACCUGCCCCAUCCCCCAGAACUCCCUCAACUCCCAGCAGUCCUCUCUCCUGCCGUCCGCCCUCGAGAGUGACCUCCACUUCCACCAGCUGCGAGGCGCCCACAUUAAGACGCUGGAUGAGCAGACGGUGGCACGAUCUGAGCACGCACGCGAAGAGCGCACAUUGGUCUUCACCAACCGGCCCCUGCGCAUCGGAGAGACCGUCUUCAUCAAAGUCACAAAAUCCAGCCCGGCACGCUCAGGCUCCUUGUCCUACGGCGUGACGUCCUGCGACCCAGCAGUGCUGCGCCCCAGCGACUUGCCCUAUAAUCCAGAGGCUCUGGUGGACAGGAAGGAGUUUUGGGCGGUGUGUCGGGUGCCCACGCCGCUCCAGAGCAGUGACAUCCUGGGCUUUUUGGUCAACCAGGAAGGGGAGGUCAUCCUCAGCCACAACGGCACCAACGUGGGCAUGCAGGUGUGUGUGGACAACUCCCGCCCACUCUGGAUGUUCUUUGGUCUUCAUGGGGCUGUGACUCAGCUGAGGAUUCUGGGUUCCACUCAUGUCGGGGACCCGCGGGCCACAUCGAACCCCAGCUCGCCCUCCUCCUCCCCGCACACCCCCAGUGCCCUGGGCAGCGGGAGCUCUGAUCCGGUCCUGAACGGAGGCCUGUGCUCUGCCGCUUACUGCAGCUCAGCAGGGGGUACGACCCCGAACUCACCAGUCAGCCUCCCCAAGUCUCCUACGUUCCCAUCAGGCCGUGGGCCUUGGUCCGAUGAGUGCUCUAUCUGUUACGAGAACAUGGUGGACACGGUCAUCUACGCCUGUGGGCACAUGUGUCUGUGCUACACUUGUGGUGUCAAACUCAAGAAGAUGUCCAACGCCUGCUGUCCCAUUUGUAGAAGACAGAUCAAAGACAUCAUCAAGACCUACCGCAGCACGUAA